CCUGAAGCCGGUUGAACCCAGGAAAUCCCAGAGCGGUGAGGUCACCCUCCUCCUCCUCCUUAGAAGACAGGUGUGUCCUUACCUGGGGAAAGGGGGCAUUUUCCUCUCUCUUUUCGGGCAAGAAUUCAGACCGGCUUCAAGGCAGGAUGCGAGGCAAGGACGACGAGUACGAUUACCUGUUCAAAAUCGUGCUGAUUGGGGACUCCGGGGUGGGGAAGAGCAACCUCUUGUCCCGCUUCACCCGCAACGAGUUCAACCUGGAGAGCAAGAGCACCAUCGGGGUGGAGUUCGCCACCCGCAGCAUCCAGGUGGACGGCAAGACGGUCAAGGCCCAGAUCUGGGACACCGCCGGGCAGGAGCGCUACCGCGCCAUCACUUCCGCGUACUACCGUGGGGCGGUGGGCGCCCUCCUGACCUACGACAUCGCCAAGUACCUGACCUACGAGAACGCGGAGCGCUGGCUGAAGGAGCUGCAGGACCACGCCGACGCCAACAUCGUCAUCAUGCUGGUGGGCAACAAGAGCGACCUGCGGCACCUCCGGGCCGUGCCCACCGACCAGGCCAAGGCAUUCGCCGAAAAGAAUGGCUUGGCUUUCAUUGAGACCUCGGCGCUGGAUUCCACCAACGUGGAGACAGCCUUCCAGAACAUUCUCACAGAGAUUUACCGGAUCGUGUCCCAGCGGCAGAUGUCCGGCGGCACCCCGGAGGCGGAGUUCAGCCCCAGCGGCAGCACCGCCAUCGAGCCCAUCAGAGUCCUGCCCACCCAGCAGGAAGGGAGGCAAACACCCUGCUGUCAGAACAUCUGACUGCUCCCCGGAACGGACAAUGAGGCAAUCUUUGGCCCCAGAGGAACCCUCCCUCUGUUUUCUUCCUUUUGCCAUUCUUAGGCCUGAAAGGGUCUUCGGGGUGCCUUGUGUUUCCCAUCUUCAAGCAGAAAAUGCUCCUCUUUGGGGGGCCCAGGCCCGACUCUCAACUCCUUCAACUGAUGUCUCUUUCCCCCUCCCAGCAUCUUUUUGCUGCUUCCCUCGAUGUUUGGGGGAAGUGGUACCGGAGCCAAUCCGGUGGGGAAUGGGGGGUGAUGGGGAGAGGAGGCUUUUGGAAGGCAGCUCUGCUUCCUUGUCGGGAACCUCCUUUUGCCGGCUUGCGGUGUGCACCAAUAAAUGGAUUACAGGAA